AGAGAUGGCGUAUGGCGUCUCGAAAAAUCGUAUCAAGUCGUAUCAGCUAAAUCGUGGACAUGGCCGUGAUGGCUAUUCUCAUCAUUCUCAUGCAAUCAAACUUGUGUCAUUCUAUUUUUUAUACUUUGUUGAUUGUUUCACUUUUUUUAGUCUUUAUCUGUUCAUAGUCUUCAUACAGUUUCAAUACAAUCAAAUGCUCCUCGCGAAUGAGAUAAGAGAACACCUUUAAAACUUGAAACUGACGUACUGCAUUAUCAUCUCGAUAACCUCGAAAUUGACUAAAACAAUUGCAUUAAAGGAAAAGUAAAUAUUUAACACGCGAUCUUUCAAACAGUUAUUUUUUCUGCGUUUUAUGAAUGAAUCGUCUGUUUAUCACAUCAUUUAUGAUAUGACUCUAUCAAUAAAUAUUGUUGUUGGUCACCGGCUCUCAAGAGCGAUCUAGUGCACCACGUGCUUUCGAUAAUUGUGUAUACAUACAGUACAAUUGAAUUGUCAAAAAAUGUUUCCCAGAUUUUGUAAUUUGUGUCACAGAACUGCAUAUGUGCAGUUUGCACAGCUACAAAGAUGCUAUAGAAAAGUUUCCAGAAAAAGAGGUUUGUCAAGGCCCGUUAAGGCACCAAUAGAGAAAAUAGAAGAACGAACGCCGAUAAUCUCUAGCAAACGAAAAGAGUUAAAUUUUUAUGAGGGGCAGACGUAUUCCAAGUAUGAACCAAUACCGUUGGUUAGCAAAGGAUGGCAUCACUAUAAGUCUAAAGGGGAUCAUUUCUUUGUAUAUCCUCUCACAAAUGUUACAAAAGAAUCGUAUGACGAAUCACUUAAAAAAGAAAAUGAGGAGGAAGAAGCAUACAAUUCUUUUGUGCAUUUUGGUUUAAAUCCACAAUUAGUAGACAUCUUAAAAAGAUAUAAUAUAACAAAACCCUUAAAGAUACAAAAAAUUGGGAUACCCAAGAUAAUAAAUGGCUCUAAUACAGUCAUCGCUGCAGAAACUGGUUGUGGAAAAACAUUAACUUAUCUUCUACCUAUGAUAGACGAAGUUUUACGAUGGAAAGAAGUAGCAGGAGUUCGAUACAAUGCUCCAUUGGGGUUGAUUGUGACACCUUCUCGAGAAUUAGCAUUUCAAAUAGGGCUGGAAGCAAAAAAGAUAUGCCAGUAUCUUGGUAUUCGUACAAAAACUAUCACUGGUGGAAAAACGAAAAAGAUGAUGUUAGAUCCACCUAUGGAAGAGGUCGACAUCGUUGUAGCUAGUUUCGGAGUCAUCAGUAAAUUAAGUACAACCAGGAUUUAUAAAUUGAAUAUGGUCAGACAUCUUGUAUUGGACGAAGCAGAUGCUUUGUUUCAUGAAACUUUUGAGGAAAAGUUGCAAGUAUUCUUGAGAAGGGUGCCACUCGGCUUUGUGCAAGAUCCGAAUGAUACCAAACUACCGAUGGGUGCCCAAUUCACACUAGCGUCUGCAACAAUGCCUUCGAGAAUGUCAGAAGUUCUAGAGGAUGUUAUAAAUGUAGAUUCAUUGGAACACGUAGUUUCGGAUAAAUUGCAUCACAUUCUUGUACCGCAAAAAUUUAUAAGGGUGGGACCAAGCGACAAACCGACCGAACUCUUAAAGUAUAUCAAACCGAAAGUGGCCAAUAAAGAACAAGUAAUUAUUUUCAACAACAGCAACAACACUUGCAAUUGGGUCAAUAUGUUCCUGAACAAUUGCAACAUACAAACGGUUGUCUUAAACGGUGACAUGCAGUUGUACGAGAGACAAAAUAAGUACGCCAGUUUCAAAAACGGUAAGUGCCGAGUAUUGUGCACUACAAAUGCUGGAUCCAGGGGUUUAGACACUGUAACGGUACGUUACGUGUUGAAUUUCGAAUUUCCAACCUCAACUGCCGACUAUAUUCACAGAUGUGGCAGAACCGGAAGAGUCGGUAGCGUUAAGGACUGCAGAGUAGACAGUUUUAUAAGCACUCCGAGUGAAAUUGCUGUAGUGCAAAAGAUAGAGAGAGCAAUACGGAAGAUGAAACCGAUACCGAUAUUCGAUAUUCUUAAGCCGAAAGAAGAUGAUAGCAACUAUCAACCAUUUGUAUCGCAACCUAAAAUAGAGCAAGAAAUACAGCAAGAGUUUAGCAUACCGUACUGAAUCGUAUUACGCAAUUGGUUCCAGGGAGGAAACCACGACCCACACAUAUACGUAUGUGGCACGAUCGUCCAUCCGUUCGACUGAUGUCCCCCCCAUCGUGUCCGGUAGUGGCACUCCCACAUGGUGGACGCCCACGCGUGUAGCAAAUAGCAAUGGUCUCCCUUAAACCAUGGUAUAGACCAUGCGUCUAGGCCGUUGUCGUUUGCUGACAGUUUAUUAUUCGCGCUAGGUUUUAGCGAGAUUAAACGCGCCCGGCACGUGCUGACGGUUCGUGCCAGCGCCACGUGGUGAUGAUGGGUGCGCCGGAUCGUGUCACCGCAACGCACGGAAGGAUCCUCGAUGUCCCGCGAGACCGGGUAACGAUGUCCCGAGGCGAUGAAACGAAGGCCAAGGGAUUACCACGUGUAUCGAAUGUUCAGUUCUUCACGAAACGUGUAAACAGAAUAAGCGCGAACCAUCAUUUCCUGUAGCAAAUAAAUUCAGGAUCAACGUCAGAGAACCAGGAGCUUUUAUACGGUGAUAAUUUCGAUGGUCUCGUUGUCUUUUAUUGCGUUAUGCUUUUUAUUUUCUUUCCCCCAAAUAACACAAAAGUCCACAAUCGUGUCAAGAGACGUCGUAAUCUUUCGUGCUUGAUUUUU